UGAUUGACAGGUCUAUGAACAAAUUGUUUUUUGCAUUCGCCAAUAGCGUGUUUCUGUCAUUGGAGGCGGGACUUCCUUGUUGUUUGUUAUGAAAGUACUAGAACUAGCUAUGAUCUCUGCGUCGAAGUCAAAAGUGAUAAGCCUUCUAAGGGCUUCUGCUCUCCUGAAUCGCGUCACCGCGAGACAGAGCUUUCCUCGGACCCUGCAGAGCCCUCAGCUCCUCUCCAGCAGUCAAAUGGUUGCGUUUUGCAGCACCUCAACUCAGCUGAAGCCAGAAGAUUCAGGUCCUUCUGAAGACAAGGUCAACCUCACUGAGUCAUGCGUCAAGAGACUUGGUGAGAUCAUGGAAAAAGGCGAGUACCUGAGAAUUCAUGUAGAAGGAGGAGGCUGCUCUGGUUUCCAGUACAAAUUCUCAGUUGAUAGUAAAAGGAAUGAGGAUGACCGAGUGUUUGAGGAGGGCGGCGUGGGCAUCGUUGUGGACCAAGAUAGUCUGGAGUUUGUGAAAGGAGCCACGGUGGAUUUCAGCCAAGAACUGAUCCGCGCCACCUUUCUAGUACUCAAAAAUCCUCAAGCUGAUCACGGCUGUUCCUGCGGCAGCUCCUUCUCGGUUAAACUCUAACAUUUAUCGGCUGCUUCACCAUGGCAAUACUCCCUGCACUCCUGGGGUACCAGCUUCUUACACACAAAGUAUAUUCAUUUCAAUGGACAACCAUUGCAAGGCUUUUACUUUGUAAUCUGUGACAAUUAUUUAAUUAUUGGCAGUAUUGUCAAUAACCAUAUUUAGCUUGUAACAGAUUCCUAUAUGGUAAAGUAUCAGCUGAAAUGUUUUAAGUUUUUAAUUCAUGCAUGUACGAUAUGUAAAUAGCCAAACAAAUCCUAUUUAUGCGGUUGAAAAUAAAAAAGUUAAGAAUUA